GACGAUUUACUAUUUUUGAAAAAAAAAUGGAUGGCGCGUUAAGCAACACAUCCAAUUUUAUGCCUAAGGAAAAUCAGUACAACUCUGGCCCUGAAUUAGCCAGAGAAAUUGCAUCAGCUGUUUUUAAUGCCUAUAAAAAGUUACCCAAAAAAGGAAAGCCACAGCAGAUGAAAGAAUGGACACUACUUUCUGGAGUAGUUAUGAGGGUAACAGAUAAUUCAGGUGUAGAACUGAAAACAGUCUCAUUAGGAACAGGCUCAAAGUGUAUUGGGAAAUCAAAAAUGAGCCCUAAAGGGGAUGUUUUGAAUGAUAGUCAUGCGGAAGUUCUUGCACGUAGAGCUUUUCUAAGGUUUCUUUAUAAUGAGCUUAGAAAAGCCUAUGAAAACAAUUCAAGUCAAAUAUUUACAUCACCAGAUGCAAGUAAUGAUAACAAGUGCGCUUUAAGAGCUGGAGUUACCUUUCAUUUAUUUACAAGUCAUACACCUUGUGGAGAUGCAUCAAUUUUUCCAAAACAUGCCAACAUUACUGAAGCCUUACCACAUAUACAGAGCGAUACCAAUACACAGAGGAAAGAUUUUAUUAGUGAUCUGUCUAACCAAAGCAGUUAUUUACCUGUAGACCUAGCUGUAGACUCAAACAACUUUCAUAGGUCUGCUGCUACGGUGCCUCCGAACUUAGACAGUGAUGGAAAUCAACCUGAAGUUGCUUUAAAAGAUAAAAAGUUUGGUUCUCCACCAAUCAAAAAGAGAAAGAUAGAACUUAUGCCUGAUGAUGAUAAUGAUAACAUUGGCCAUGUUUGUGGUAAAGAAAGUAUAACUUGUGAAAGGAAUGAUAACUUAAGCCAAGAAAGUUUUGAUAUUUAUAGAACUGGUGCCAAAUGUGUUCCUGGCGGUGAACAAGACAGUCUCAGACCAGCUGCUCAGUAUCACACUGUUGGUGUGUUAAGAACCAAACCUGGUAGAGGAGAAAGGACAGAAAGCAUGUCUUGUAGUGACAAAAUAGCUAAAUGGAAUGUGCUUGGCUGCCAAGGGGCACUACUCAGCAUAUUUUUGAAAGAGCCUAUUUAUUUCACCUCUUUGGUUGUUGGAAAAUGCCCAUACAGUGCGGAAUCCCUGGCUAGAGCAGUCUAUUCAAGAAUUGCUUACAUAUCUGCAACAUUGCCUCCACCUUACAAAGUGAAUCAGCCACUGCUUUAUCAGGCUGAAGAACUUGAGUUUGAGGCCAGCAAACAAAGUCUAGAGAGGAUAAAAACCAACAAUCAAAAAAUUGUCCCUUCCUCAUCAGCUGUGAUUUGGUAUCUAUCCGAAACAAAUUCUCACGAUGUUACUGUGAAUGGUAGGCGUCAGGGAAUAACUAAAAAUGACGUACAUAAAUCAAAAGCAAGGAGUUUUGUGUGCAGUUUAUCAUUGUUUCAAUGUUUUCAUGAGCUCGUGUCUAAAAUUGAACCAAAAUUAUUACCAGAACCUCUAAGAUGUGAGAACCUCAAAGUUUCAACAUACUGGCAAACAAAAUGUUUGGCUCAAGCUUAUGAGGAUGUGUGGUCUAAGCUACAAGAGUCUGCAUUAAACACUUGGCUCUUGAAACCAAGAGAGUUAAUGCAGUUUCAUUUUGAUGUGUCAUGAUGUAAUUCAAAUAAAAAUGUAGCAUUCUUUGUUUUUAUUUUUUCACUAUUAU